UGCUAUUGACAUGGGAAGGAUUUAUAUCAUACUCUUUGCCAUCACAAUGUGUGUGAUUGAGCUAGAUAGGUCGCAAGUUUGUGCCCAGGAGAUGGUAAAUAGUUCUUACCGGCUGGACAAGCGAUCUAAACCGACCCGGCCGCUAACUAGGUCAGCAGAAGCCUCAAUGCCAAAAUGUUCUCCCGAUACGCAUGAGCGAUUGAGGAGAACUUCCGGUGGAACUCCAUUUCAGGUCAACGGAAUUUUUCCGAGUCUUGCCGUCGUGGCGGACAGCGGUCCGGUGAGAUCGGAAAGCGGUAUCGGGGCAUUGAUGCCGUGGGCAGAUAGACUGUACAUGGUGUCUUACCUGACUGCCCCUGGAGGCGGUACUGGAGCUGGACUUUAUAUGAUGUAUGAUUCGUUUGAGAUGUUCAAGAUGGUGGACCAUAAUUCCACUUUUGCGAAUCGUCUGCUGCACAGACAAACCAAUCAGCUCAUCAUUGGUGCAUGGGUCAUUGACAUGGAGGGAAACAUUAAGAAUUUCACGCAGCUCCUCCACGUCCGAGUGGCUGCGACUGCUGAGCACUUGACCAGCCCAGAGUCUAUGGUGUACAUGCUGGGGAUGGACGGGCCGCUGUGGGAGUGUGACGUCACCAGCCUGCUCUGCACUCAGUUGUUUGACCUGGUCAAAGAGCUGAACAUCCCAGUCUCAGAGGGCGAGGAGCCGCAGUUCAAAGCUGCUCACACCAUGAACGGAAGACUGGUCGUGGCCAGCAACACUUUCGAUUUGAACGACUUCAAAGGUCUUCUCCACGGAGGUCGGCUUGCAGAGUGGAAAGGUCCAGGCAACAGCUGGACUAUCAUUUCGGACACUGCAUUCGUAGAAGUAACUGGACGACGAAACUUAGGUCAGGUCAUCUACGCUUUAGGCUGGGACUAUCGAUCAGUGAUUCUCAAAGUGUACGAUGGCACCGAAACGGAGUACAACUACUGGCAGACGUACAGACUACCAAAAGCCUCUCACGCCUUUGAUCAUCUCUGGCAGACUGAGUGGCCCAGAAUCAGGGAAGUAGAGACGGAACGAUACCUCAUGGACAUGCACGGAAUGUUUUAUGAGUUGUCUCCCUUGGGAUGGGCCGGAAGUACCUGGGGGAUACGCCCCAUAUCCCAGCAUCUUCGUGUCAUUCCAGACUUUACCUCAUUUAGAGGAUUCCUCGUCUUGGGAGGAAACCAGGUGUCCUCGAUCUACGACAACAAUGUGGUCACUGGUCAGUCUCAGUCUGGACUUUGGUUUGGAAAGACUGAUGACCUUUGGAGUUUUGGGAAACCUCAGGGCUGGGGCGCUGUGUGGAGGCAGGACUCGGUGUCCACCGGGGACGUGUCGGACCCAUACUUGAUGACCGGAUUUGACAAGAAGGUUGUCCACGUUGCUCAACACGACGCCACUGGUCAAGCCAUGUUGACGGUCCAAGUGGAUUUUACUGGAGCCGCAGGUCACAGAGGCGUGGAGCAGUGGAUGACACUGACCAGUUUAGACUUACAUAGUGCAGAGACGCCUUACAGAUAUUAUGUUUUCCCUGAUGGCUACAGCGCCCACUGGGUCCGAAUCUUAGUAGACAGCUGUAGCUGUUCGAUAUCUCAGACUUCCUGUAACAUCACUGCCUAUUUCACUUAUACAUAAACUGUUAACAGUGGUUUUACUAUUGGGCAACAGAAAUGAUACAAUCUUGUAACAGAAGACUUUUUUAUUUUGUAUAGGCCUAUAUUUGAUGUGCUAAAUUAAAGAUUUUUUACGAUAAACUCAACAAUGUCAAGGAUGCUCAAUUGAAUUUCACUGUUGCCAACUAAAAAGUAAUACAUCUACAU